CUUCAUUUUCAAAAUGGCGUGAGAAGGUUGCGCGGCUGGUAGUGGUGGUGAUCGUCGUCGUCGUCGCCGUCAUCGUCGUCGCGAAAAGUCCCUCCUUAGUUCCGGUGUAGAUCUGGCGUACGCCAGUUACCGUUCUCGUACAACGUGAUAGCCGUGGAGAACGUGGAGGAGGGCGAGGAGGAGGAGGAAGAAAGCGAGAAAAGGAUUAUGCCAUUAUUCGGCGACGACGACGUAGCGUAGGUGCUUCGAGCUUUUAGUUUUGUUUCCUGGCCUAUCACGGAUUUAACAAUGCGGGAUAUUUUCUUGGCGGCGUUUUCCGUGGUGUCCAGUCUAGUGAUUGUGUUCAGCCUCGUCUUACUGGGUUGGUAUCUGGUUUGGAAGUUCUUCCUGUCGCGAUUCCGUUUUGUGAGAGAGUUACUUGGUGGUAUGGGCGAGUCGUCUUCCGUUACGGACUUAAAGAACGGUCGCUCGCGCAUCAAGAAAAUUCGGCGUGAAUAAAUCUCGGACGAUAGGGCAGCUUUUAUCACAAUACAACGACGUUUGUGUCGGUGCGCGUUGCGUAAAAAUCGCGUCAAACCAAUUAGACCGUGACAACAACUCGUGACGAAAUCACAUCUCCAGAUUCCCCAGAAUGUCAGUAAACAUACGUUGCGCAACUACUGAUGAUUUGUUGAAUAUACAGCAUUGUAAUCUACAAUGUCUACCUGAGAAUUAUCAGAUGAAGUAUUAUCUGUACCACGCUCUGUCCUGGCCACAGCUGAGCUACGUGGCCGAGGACGAGAAAGGAAGGAUAGUGGGUUACGUGCUCGCCAAGAUGGAGGAGGAUUGCGAGGACAACCCGCACGGUCACAUCACCAGCUUGGCUGUGAAACGUUCCCACAGACGACUAGGGAUCGCGCAGAAGCUGAUGAACCAGGCGUCCAGGGCGAUGGUGGAGUGCUUUGGGGCGAAGUACGUAUCGUUGCAUGUGCGCAGAAGUAAUCGCGCCGCCCUCAACUUGUACACGAGCAGCUUGCAAUUCGAAGUGUCAGAGGUGGAGCCCAAGUACUACGCGGACGGCGAAGAUGCGUACGCCAUGAAGCGCGACCUCACCAGCUUCCAUCACGAGAAGGCCCUUCGGGACCGAGCGCACAAGGAGGGCAACGUUCACACGCACCUCGGCAGAUGUUGUGGCGAUCAUUCUUAGUUCAUUCGCCGCCUGCUGCUGUGUUGGUGCGAAUCAAGUCCAGUAUGUAUACCUCUGUUGUGUGCUUUCAUGCAGGAACCUGAGGUUUUCUUCAAGAAAGUAUCACCGAGUUAGGAAGUUGGAGCUGAAUACAUCUUUCGAGAGGAGAAAUUUCUUCUGAUCAAAAUUCUACCUAGCACAUGUAAAAAUCUUGUAUAUGCGUGAAGACCACUUGUUGUUAGGAUCAAUGAACGAUGAAGUUAGAGUUUGAUUUAUAUUUGUAUAUGAGUUACCGCCCAAGUUUCUCAUCCUGAUACUACCGUGAUGAUUCAAGCUUGCAGAUUUUAAUAUGAGAAAUAAAGGUUUCUGGAAAA